CCGAGUGAGAGUGUGUGAGGAGGGAGGGAGCAAAGUAAGGGAAGGAGGAGAGGAGGGGUGUCCCGUCUGCGCGUAGCAGGAGACAGACAGCAGGGAACAGCUGCAGCGUUUGGCUCGCCUAGGAUUUCACUGCAUUGCGAUUGAAACGACCGACCAUUUUCAUCUACCUUCCAAAAAACGCACUCACCGGCAGCUCGAGCGACGCAAAUCAAACACCCCAACCAAAAAACCACAUAAAACCCCAACAUGGUCGACCGCGAGCAGCUGGUGCAGAAAGCCAGGCUGGCUGAGCAGGCUGAGAGAUAUGAUGAUAUGGCAGCGGCGAUGAAAUCGGUGACGGAGCUGAACGAGGCCCUGUCUAACGAGGAGAGAAAUCUCCUGUCUGUGGCCUACAAGAAUGUAGUGGGCGCUCGCCGCUCCUCCUGGAGGGUGAUCUCCAGCAUUGAGCAGAAGACCUCUGCCGAUGGCAAUGAGAAGAAGAUCGAGAUGGUGAGAGCCUACCGAGAGAAGAUCGAAAAGGAGCUGGAGGCCGUGUGCCAGGACGUGCUCAACCUCCUGGACAACUUCCUCAUCAAAAACUGCAGCGAAACGCAGCACGAGAGCAAGGUCUUCUACCUGAAGAUGAAGGGUGACUAUUACAGGUACCUGGCCGAGGUGGCUACAGGCGAGAAGAGGGCCACGGUGGUGGAGUCGUCAGAGAAGGCGUACAAUGAAGCCCAUGAGAUCAGCAAGGAGCACAUGCAGCCCACUCACCCCAUCCGCCUGGGCCUGGCUCUUAACUACUCUGUGUUUUACUAUGAGAUCCAGAACGCCCCUGAACAGGCCUGCCAUCUGGCCAAGACCGCCUUCGACGACGCCAUCGCUGAGCUGGACACCCUGAACGAGGACUCCUACAAAGACUCCACGCUCAUCAUGCAGCUGCUCCGAGACAACUUGACACUGUGGACAAGUGACCAGCAGGACGACGAGGGCGGGGAGGGUAACAAUUAAAAGUGGAAAUCCACACUUCAACGAAAAAAUUUAAAAAAAUUAAUUAAGAUGGGCCGGUGGACUUUGGCAGCAGCUUUUGCCGAUGAUGCUACCGCAGCAGCAGUUCUUUAUUUUUCCAUGAGUUAAAAGAAAAGAAUUGAAAGAAAGGUGAGCGUGGAGGUUAAAUCUUAGUUUUAAUAUAUAUAUAGAAAUAUAUAUACAGUCGAAAGGGGCCUCCGUCUUCUUGAUUUUCUCUUUGACAUUUGCCAAAACCACUGAUAUGUCAGUCAAUCAGCCUGAAGUGGAGGUAGUGGUGGUUCUUGUUGAUGUUGGAUUAAAUGGCGGCCUCACACUGGCAUAUAGGAACUGGUCUUGUCCCGUCAAGAUAAGCUGCUUAGUUAAUGGUUUUUAUUUUGCGUGAAAGAGAUGCAUUUGAGUCGCUUGAGGAGAAAGGCGAGAAGAAAUGUUUGAAUGGUAAUGCCUCACAACAGUAGAUUGCAUUGGUUCCAGCAGUAGAAUGACGUUAGAAUAAUGACAAUUUAAAAGAUGGAAGAAAAAAAACCCAACAAAAAAAAAAUCCAAACUUUGAAGGAAAAUACCCAGAGUAAAAACAUGCAUUGGUAAAAUUAGGAUUUUUCCCCUCCUACUCCCCUUUCUUCUGCACAACUGUAUGCAACAUCCCACAAAUUGGUCUUGUUUCGUCACUGGAACCAUAGAUUUUUCUCGAAAGUGAAUGAUGAUCACGAAAAGGCAGAGAGACUUAACAAUUAAAAACUUAAAAAAAAAAAGACAAAAAAGAGAAAAUAACAUAAAAGCAGCUUCAGAGUUUGUGGUUUACUUCUGUGUUUGUUUUAUUAAAUGCACUUGCCUAAUCUACAGUUUAUUCAGUGUAAGAUGAUGACAACAAUAAUAUUCAAUAUUGUGCAUGCUGGUGAUGUAUUUAUAUACAGUAGCUUGACUUUAUUAACUUAUACUGUGGGUGUUAAGUAUUCAUAUGAUUGAAGAAAAAACAGGCUUUGUCUGAUGUUGAUUUUUAAUUUUUAACUUAUUUAAUUUUGUUACAAUUAUUAUUAUUAUAAUUUUUUUUUUGAUUUGCUAUACCAAAAUAGUGAUCGUAAAAAUUGACCUGUAAUGGGCGUUGCUAUAUAGUGACAUGCAAUAUGUGUAUUUAAUUUGUUAAAGAAAGGAAAAAAAGAAAUAAAAAGCCACCAGUGAUCACUUAAUCUUAUCAGCUGGUGUUUGUCACAAUGAAGUAUGAUUAUGAUAUAUUUUGUUAUUUGAUCCAUAUUUCAUUUUGAACUUCCUGUCAUGCUAAUCCAUUUUCAAUAUUAAUUUUUCUGUCCAGGCUCAGUGUUUCUGUUAUGUUCACAAACCACAUGGACCAUAUUUUAUUUAUUUUUUAUUUUUGACAGUGAAACAAUUUUUUUUUUUGUUGGUUUGUUGUUUUUCUUUUAUACAUUAUUAGCUGUUCCUGAGUGACAAAAAAAAAUCUUGAAUGUGAGUCAUUAUGUAGCAGUUGCACACGAACCGAAAUAAUAGUUAUGAUAAUAAAAAAGAACAUGACUAAAUUA